AUGCUGUAUCUGACAAAGGACCUGUUCCCGGUGUUUGUCCCACUGGGAAUCAUCGGGUUCUACCGCUACCUCUGGUUUGUGAUCAAGCUCUUGGCCUACUUCUUCUACCGGCCCAUGGAGCCCAAGGAGAACCCGACCUACCGUGCAGAAUACGAUGUCACCAUCAUUGUACCCACCAUUGACGCCGGAGAAGAGUUCAAGGAAGCCGCACACUCGUGGCUCGUCAACAACCCCAAGGAGAUUAUCAUUAUUACUGAGACCAAGAUGAAGGACGCCCUCCAGGAACUCGCCAAUUCUGUCGACCCAACCCGUAUCCGAGUCCUGACGGUUCCCAAGGCAAACAAGCGGUUGCAGAUGGUGGAGGGGAUUCGGAAUACGACUAGUGAGAUUAUCGUCUUUGCAGAUGAUGAUGCUAUCUGGGGCCCACAGACAUUGGAGUAUAUCCUGGCUUGUUUUGAGGACCCGAACAUGGGAGGCGUGGGCACGUCGCAGACGGUCAAGUCUGUGGGGCGGUAUCAGACUGUUUGGGAGGUCCUUGCUGGGUUCCGGUUGACGAUUCGUAACAUUGAGAUUGCGGCCUCGACACACAUCGACGGCGGAAUCUGCUGUCUCUCUGGACGGACGGCCGCCUACCGGACAUGUAUCCUCCAGGACCCUCAGUUCCAGUACAACUUCACGCACGAUUUCUGGCUGGGCAAGUAUCCGCUCAACUCUGGUGACGACAAGUUUCUGACGAGGUGGAUGGUCUACCAUGGAUGGAACACCUAUGUCCAGGUCUGCAAGGAAGCCGAGCUCCUGUCGACGUUCAAGAACAACUGGCGUUUUGUUAAACAAGUCCUUCGUUGGACUCGUAACACCUGGCGGUCGGAUUUCCGGUCCCUCUUCACCGAACGCAAGAUCUGGAGCCGCCACCCCUAUGUCGCCUUUACGAUGAUCGACAAGAUCUUUAACCCAAUCACUCUCCUCUCGGGCCCCCUUUCCGUCAUUGCCAUGGCCGCCAAGGGCGAGUUCCAUCUGCCGCUGUGGGACAUCAUCAUCUCGUACAUCGUCUGGUUGAUGCUCACCCGUAUUGUCAAGCUGUUGCCCCACUUGUUCAAGCGUCCUCAGGAUAUCAUCUGGGUCCCUGCGUUCUUGAUCUUUGGGUACUACUUUGCGAUCAUGAAGAUCUAUGCCCUCUUCACGCUUCAUGAAGUCGGUUGGGGAACUCGAGCUGGUAUCGAUCAAACACCCGCUGAACUCGCAGCCGAGAAGGAGAAGCAGCGGUUGGAUGCUGAACUAUUGGAGCAGGAUCAGGAGAAGGCUGCCUAUGAGAGCCGCGAUGAGGCCACCCGUGCUGCCGUCGCUGCCGCCACCGCAGCCGCCGCCGCCACUGCCUACGAACAACAAGAACAACAGCAACAACAACAAAUGCAGCGUAUGGAACAUCCUAUCAUUCCACCACCUAGGCCCGACUCCCCUGGCAGUAGCGACCUCAUCCGUCACUUCUCGCGUCAACAGGAACAACAGCGUCAAACCGCCGCUGCACGAGCAACUCGUCUGGCUACGACCACCAACGCCGACUAUGAGGAAGACGAGGACGUGUACGAAUACAAUCAAGACGAUGAGCUGGCUCAGUAUUUCGCACAGGCCGACGCCGCCCGUAGCAACCUCAACCUGUCCCAACAGCCGAAUGCCCUUUAUGGAGGCGCUGGUGGGGCGAGUACGAUAGACCUCUAUGGCCGUAGUGGUGGCGCUCCUCCACCACCUACUUCGCCGCGUUUUGGUGGUGGUGCCGGUAGACGUGGAGGUUACUAG